AGAAGUGCUUACAAAGUAUAUUGGUUUAGUUUAGAAGUUUAUUUCACUAUCCAAUACAAUGUCUAAACGACGUUCAGACGAUUCGUUACUGGAACACUACAGAAAAAAACGCGAAAAAUAUGAUAAAAUUCUCGCAGAUCUUACCAUUAGUGCCGUUCAAGCGAACAUGAAAAAAUCAGUGGAAGAAACAACAUCGGUGCUAGAGCGGUUUCCGUCUAAAGGAAAAAUCCAGAAUAUCGCUACGCAAAGCGUAGUCAACGCCGAACCUAGUAGCAGCACCGCCAGCAUCGCUUCAGCCACGGACUACGUAGCCUCUACGACUGCCGAAGUUACAACGCUGGCGGUAACAAAGGGCUCUGCGGAGGCAGUAGGCUCUAAGGCUGAUGAUGCAAAGAUAGAUACGGAUCUUUUGAAAGCUCUUGGAAGUCUGGAUAAAAAGAAUACAGAUUGGGGCGAACCUAUAGAUGACCAUAUUGCUAUUCGUCUCAAUCCCAUUUUGCAGAAUGGUUUAAGUAAAGAAGAUAAAGAAACUCUUCUGAAGAAAUUUUCAUUCCCUAAAAAUCUAACUUUGGCUAAGCCCCCAACAUUAAAUACGGAGAUAAGUAUCAAGGUACGCGAACACCAAAUCGUUAGGGAUCAACGCAUUUACGAGAAACAAGAUCAACUAGGUGUAGCAUUAAGUGGAAUAACUAAGGCUAUGUCACUUUUAUUACACAAAGAACCAAACAUAUUUCAUAUUUUAAGUAUUUUGACUGACGCUAGUAAAUUGUUAGCGGACUCUCACUUUUUGGAAACCUACACUCGAAGAUCUUUAAUUUUGCAGUUAGUGGACAAAGAAAUGGUAGGUAUAUUAAAAGAUUAUAAACGAGACGAAUUAUUGUUCAAUACCAAUAUAAGUAACUUGAAAAAUUCUCGUGGCAUUUCUAAAUUACAAUUUGACCGUAUUCCAUUCCGCGGCCGUCCACUCGAAUCCUCAACUCAACAGCAAUAUAAACCGUAUCGUGGUGAAGAGUCGCCCCCGCUUCCGCUAGAUCCAGCUCGGCGGCAGCCACGCGCGCCCUUACCACGGCGUACACCACCUACAACUUCCACUCCAACUCGACCUCCGGCGUCAGUGCUGGCACGCAAGCCGGGAACACUUCGUUAACUUUGCUACAAUCACAAAAUGGUACCGACAUUGUAUUUGAUAAUUGACAACACAACAUAUGAAUUUUUAUUUUUUAAGUGACAUCCAAAGUGUUUGUA